AUGUUGGGAACCACCUCAGAAGAGGCGUGUGGAGGAACCCCUUUUUUUGGGGAUGACGUCAUCUCUGUCAUUGCCGCCAUGAUGCAGUCGGUGACGGCGCAAGAGGUGCGAGAGGCACUGCAGCAGGAUGACGACUUUGGCUGCCGAUUUCUUUGGACGGAUUCAUCGGCAUUGGAAGAGACUGCGGGGGCGGAGCAUCCGCCGUCCUGCGGCAGUAGCAGCGGCAUGGGCAUCCGAAGCCAAGCGACAACCUCAUACCUGGCGGUGUGCGAGUUUGUGGAGCGUCACGCUGAAGAGGAGGUGGUGGCGGGGCAUCAUGUGGUAGCAACGCAUGACUUGUCAGCAAUCUUUCAACGACGCUCAGGGCCCUCCCUCACUUCGGCUUCCUCGGCGCCCCCAAAUAAGGAUGGAGCAGCAGACAUGACUCCGGGGACAACGUCCAUCUCAGGAAGAAUGGCGAGGGCCACAGUGUCACAAUCGUUGUUCUCGAUGCCACCUCUGCCAUUAUCAGCCUUGUCGUCACGGGUGAUGAUACGCUGUGUCCUCAUUUCACGGCGCCAUCCCGUCAGUGAGUCAGAGGCAGCAAAGACAAAGCCUCUCACGUUGCGGCAUCUUAACAUCUACGCAAUUGAGAUGCAGCAACCACUAGAAAGUUUACGGGUGCUUUUAGAGAGUGUGUAUGAGCCACUUCUUCUCUCCCAGCGUGAGGUUACACUGCGGUCACAAAUGCAAGACUUUCUUAGCUCUAUCCGCUCACACUGUAACGUUUUGGCCGAGGUCGAUCUGAACGUUUUUGUGCACGCCGACCUCCUUGAGCUUUGUGCCGCGUACCCAGAAGCGGAUGUUGAGCAUUUAUUGGAGAUUCUUGGUCCUGAGAGAUGCACCGAUGCCACAUGUUUGCGCCAGGUCAUGGCUCUUCGCAGCCAGUGCCGGGAGGUCUUGGAGACCAAAUUUGAUGGAAGAGAAAUUGUGAGCUCACGUGACGAGGUGGCGUACUGGCAUGCGGUGCUGCGUUGGGUCGAACAGGUGCAAAAACAGCUCCAAAGUCGCGAGUGGCAGUUGGUACAUCGUCUACUGGGCAAUCGCGUGGAAACAAGCUAUGAGGUGGAGUUUAAAAUGCAUGAAAAACGUGUGCGUGACUACUUGGCCUAUCUGAAAAGUUUACCCUUUAGGAAGAUUGAUGAGGUGGAGGAAGACAGUUACGCGGUGUUGGUGGGGGAGUUGUUUUCCGCCAUGGUGCACCCGACAACAUAUCCAGCGCUCCAGAGGUUUCGCCUGCUGGAAAGUAUUGUGCGGGAGUUGGUGGAGCGGUAUGUUGUGAUUGUGUCUAAAAGCAACGUACUGCGCAUGGACACCCCGGAGGCCCAGUUGCAGUGCCUGCGAAGGACGAUUCACAUGCUGCAGGAUUUGCAUCAGCGCUACCUGCAGGCAGCUGAGUUAUUCUGUCCCGCAGGUCACCUACCGUCACCGCUGACAUCUACCCGGGGCGGCACGCUGCAGCUGAAGUACCACGACCUCGUCUUGUCACGUGCGCGGCAAUUGUGGGGAUUUGUGAAUGAGCACUUUCACUACGAGCGUGCCCUGCAACGGACUUUUGCUGACGGCAGCCUUGAGGCGAGCACGUUGUGCUCGUUUCAUGUGGAACUCACAGAGGCGUAUGAUAAUUUUGUUGCCGCAACAGUGGCGUAUGGAUGCUUGUGGGAUGUGAGUUCAUCCGGGACUGCUGAGUUUAAGCGUGCGCUGGCGGCGUACGAGCGGCACCUAGCAAACAUCGAUGAGCGUCUUGCACUGCUCGUUGGCACCAUGCUGGCAACGGCACAGGAGAUGAGCGGUGGUGGCCCCUCAUUGGCAUCAGCCGCUUCUUCCUAUGAAGCAGCAACAGAAGAUGCUGCUGUGGUAGCGACAACAUCUGGGUAUUCGGCGAAUAUGGGAUGUUGUCUCUCGCUUUACCGCAUUUACUCCCGUUUCCGUCCACUACGGCGUGAUAAGGUGCAAGCUGUUGUGGCAGGGUUUCAGAUGGCAUUGCUGGAACAAAUCAACCACGAGAUGAAGGAUGCUCGGGAGCGUUACUUUGACGCUGAGGGCUGCCAAGACGGUGUGCGAAUGGCCGUUGCUCGUUUUGGCGUGACGCCCGUUGCUGCUCGCAUGUUAUGGGAGAAGUCUGUGCUGCAAGAAAUUGAGGCGUGCCUUGAGCGUCGAGACGCCAUAUAUGAGCAGGGUUGGCAUCAGCUACUGCAUCUUCGCACCAUUGAGUACCGAUGGUGCCUUGACGAACCUCUUGCGCAGUUCUUUGGGGUUCCACUAGACGCCCUUAUGAUGAAGGAGUUUGAGGGGAAUCUCGAUGUGUGUGGUACAGCGUACGCUCUGGCAUACCUUGACGUCGUUCACGGCAAGGAUGAGCCAAGAUGGUCCAUUGACCUACAUAUAGAGGCUGCGCGAGCGUUUUUGCAGGAGAGUGACGCCGAUGCGUUGAAUUACGCAAAAUCACGUCUGCUGCUGCUUCGCGUGGUGAACGACCGUAGAGUGGGGCAAAAUGAACUGCGAGAUGUGCGUAAUUUCUGCGAUAUUAUCUCACAGCGACUUCAAGAAGGCGUUGUGCAGUGGUGUGAGGAUGUGCGGCGGCGCCUUGCUACACUUAACUUGGCCCCUUGUACGAUGAUGAUGAAGGGUCCCCUUUGGCACGUUGUUGAGCUGCAAUGUGGUCACGGUCGUGGUGCUAUGAAUGACAUUGGCAACGUAAACAACAAUAAUGAGGGAAUUGCUACUAGUGUCAUGCGACGUAUUGUCAUGCCACAUAUUCCUCAGGAAAUGUUUGCACUCCUGCGGGAUCUGCACAUGCUAGAUGGCAUGCAGCUGCUUGAAAAUCACGUGCAGCUUGUUGCGGACGUGCGUUCCUUUUUCCUGCACAACGAAGAACGCUUCCGCAUUGCUAGUUGUCUUUCUGCACUUAUCUAUGCAUUUGAGACAGCGCUCAACGGGGAGGAUGAGAUGAUGGUCCACCUUGCGACGGACGAAUAUGCCAAGGUGUAUCAGUCAUUUCUUGAUGGAGCCCAAUUGCGGUGGUCAGACGAAGGACGGCUGCAACAAUUCACGCAGGAGCUCUCAGACCGUGUCUAUGCCUUUUGUGUUGCCGCAGCUCGAGUGCGUGACGUCACGGCAGAGAUAGAGCGCGGAAUUGCUCAGCUGCACGGUCGUGCGAUUCAAAAGUCGGGGGAGGUGGUGAGGCGGGUGGAAAAAAUGCACGCCCUUGUCAACGUCCUUUAUGCGAAUUGUGCCAACGCAGGCUGGUGGGUGCGGCGCGUGCAGCCCCGCCUGGACGCUGCUAUUAUCUGGCAAAUGGAGCAACACCUUAACCGUUGGUCCGAUGAGUUUUUUUCGAUGAGCCACAACCAGCGAUUUCUUGACAAGGACGCUGAGACGGAGGAGUUUGGUCUGCGGCCGUUGCGUGUGCGUAUGCGGGUGGUGUUUAAGGAGAUUGCGUUGUCGUCACCAGCCGCCGCGUGUCGUCACCACUGGUUGAACGAACUGAACCGCUCCUUUGCCUGGGUGCAUACCCUGUCGAUGCUGCGGCAGGACUAUCCACACUGGUCACACCAUCAGCAGCUGCAACAGCAACAAAUGAUUUCAGAAUGGAGUUCAAGGGCCUCGAUAUCAGCGAUGGGGUCGACGCAAUCCACGUAUGAUCGACUAUUGGAGUGGCUUGCUCCACAGGUUCUUGCGGGGCUGCUGCAGGCAAUUGAGAAGAGUAUUCAGGACUCACUUGAGGUGGAGGCACAGUGGCGUCGCGGUCAACAGCUGUUAAACCUUGAGGUGGGCGUGUUGCAGCAACGCCUUGGGGACGACCUUGAAAAGUGGGGAGCUGUCCUGCAGAAAAUUUGCGAGAUGGCGAACAGACUGAUGGAUUAUACACAGCCCAGCACUCUCGUGGGAGGCAUCGUUAUUGUCGCGGAUGAUGCACAGAAGGAGCUUGGCCGGAAACUGGACAACCUGACACAAUACAUUCAUUCACGGUAUCGCGAUGUCGUGGAGAAGCGUCUCGAGUCGUGUUACCAUCAUGUCAUGGGGGUUCGCACAGCGGCGGAGAAUUGUAAUGUCAUCAACAACCUCGAGGAUGCAGCUCGGUUUAUGUGCGAAUUACCGGAAAUCAGAGCAAAUAUGCACGAGACAGAGCGUCAAAUUGCUGCUCUUGCGCCGGCUGAGGAUUAUUUGAGGCGGCAGGGUUUCGUACUGCCGGAUUCAUGGAUUUAUGUGCGGAAGGUCAAGGCGGAAUACCGCACCUACCACGAUCUUAUUGAGCGAAAGGUAAAGGCCUUGGAGUUUCGUCGCCCGUUUCUUUGUGAGGGUCUCAAGCCCCAGGAGGAGAAUCUUUGUCGCCAGAUUGACGAAUUAGAGGCGUCCCUUCACACAAUUGUCACACAGGUGCAGGAUCAGGGGCAGACACAACUGGAGGAAGUUUCAGACUCGGCCCAGCGACGCUUCAGUGAGAUGCAGGAACGGGCUACUCUGCUGAAGGAACAGAGAAAACAACUCCUCGCGCUUCAAACGGCACUUGAAGUCCCAAUCCUUGCGGAGACAAAGUUGGAGGCCAUCAUGGCACGCAUGGAGGAACUGCAGUGGGUGUGUGGCCACGUUGCACAAGCUUAUCAACGAUUAAAUGUGAUUGCCCGAACACCUUUCUUUGAAAUGGUGCCACGGCAGUUGCACGAGGAUGUACUCGCGAUUGAUCGUGAUGUACGAGAGUUCCCUGAAGGGGUUCGUAGCCACCAGGCAUACAGUGAUCUCCAGAUAUGCAUUGAAAACCGACUGGCAUGUCGGCAGUUGAUGCAGGAGCUACGCUCUGAUGCCAUGACUCCCUUGGAACGCGCAGAGCGUCAUUGGAUGGCGCUGAAGUCUCAGCUCCAUGCAGCAUGGAAACUUGAGACGUUGACCGUUGGUGACAUUUGGCGCAGCAAUCCCGUGGAGAACGCAAAGAUAUAUCAUGAUGUGUUGGAGUUUGCUCACGGUGAACUUCGUUUGGAGUCGCAGCUCGGACGCAUUAUUACCUUCUGGAACACGUUUGAAUUCAAUACAAUGGUGUACCAGCGUCAGUUUGUGCUUGUCCGUGGCUGGGAUGUCGUCUUUGAGCGGCUCUCCGAUGAUCUUGACUCCUUCCAAGGCCUUCGCUCUAGUCCCUUCUUUUCCUCGCAGCACGUUAUUGCCAUGGUGGCAGACUGGGACAAUCGCCUGCAGCUACUCUUGCGGACGCUUGAGGUACUCAUGGCGGUGCAACGCCGGUGGGUUCACCUGGACAGUAUUUUCACUGGUAACACUGACAUCCGGCGGCAGUUGCCGAAAGAUGCAGUACAGUUUGAUCGGGCGAGUCGUGAGUUUAUGAAACUUAUGCCAGUGAAGGUGAGCCUUGGUGCCGCGCCUAUGCUUAAGGCGCAAGCCUUCCUGCAGGACAAAACGCUUCUGACCUCGCUGGAACGGCUUGAGGGUCAACUUUCCAGGGUGCAGAGGGCGCUGAGUGCCUAUUUGGACAUACAACGGCGUCAAUUUCCUCGCCUCUUUUUUGUUGGCGAUGAUGACUUGCUAGAGAGCCUUGGAAAUAGCAGCAACCCCACUCUCAUUGAGAAGCACUUGCCCAAGAUGUUUACUGCGCUUGCCCGCGUUAUUAUUAGCAAGGGGGAUGGCGAAGGUGGCAGAGCCAAGGACAGUGAGUCUUCUGCACCAGUUCAAGUUGUGGGGUUUGCCAGCGCCGAGGGAGAAGAGGUGACGAUGGUGCGGCCGGUGUCAUUGAAGAAUCGUCCGCUUUAUGAUUGGUUGGCUGAGGUGGAGGCCUCUAUGGUGACCUCCCUGUGCCGGCUGACCGUGUCGGCCGUGGAAUCUUUAACCCUCAGUGGGAAGGUGACGAGGGUGUGGAUCACCUCUUUUCCGCUGCAGGUCGUCUGUCUCGCUUUUCAGGUGUGGUGGGUGCGGUUGCAGGAGCAAACCUUCCUGACAUGGCAAAAGCAAAGACAACAUGGAAAGAAGGAGCCCUCAACGGCUGUGGCCCAAAUGGUGUCUUUGCUCGAUCGUCUUGCGCUAGGUGGGAUAUCACCGGACACGACACUGGCGUUGCGCCAUGGUAUGGAGGAGCUCAUUACUCUCGCUGUGUAUCAGCGUGAUGUCUCGCGCGUUAUAGAGUCAAGGCAAAUUAUGUCAGUUGAUGACUUUGAGUGGUUACGUGUUUUGCGCUUGUACCUAAGCAAGGAUGGUGCUGAGUUGCAGUGUCAUAUGGCUAACACCUCUUUCCGUCACGGCUUUGAGUACCUUGGAUGGCACCAGCGCCUUGUACAAACCAACCUCACUGACCGCUGUUACCUCACCAUGACGCAAGCACUACACGCACGCCUUGGUGGCUCACCUGUUGGUCCUGCCGGUUCUGGGAAGACAGAAACGGUGAAGGCGCUCGGCACACAACUCGGACGACAUGUUUUGGUGUUUAAUUGCGAUGAGACCUUUGACUUUGACUCUGUGGGUCGUAUUUUUCUUGGCCUCUGCCAGGUAGGCGCAUGGGGCUGCUUUGAUGAGUUCAACCGACUAGAGGAGCGUGUGUUGUCGGCGGUGUCGCAGCAGAUUCAGACCAUCCAGGAGGCCCUUCGAGCACAGUCUAACACUGUCACGCUCACACAGCAGACUGUGCCACUGCGGGAAAGUGUGGCGUUGUUUAUCACCAUGAAUCCCGGAUUUUCCGGCCGAUCAAACCUGCCAGGGAAUCUGAAACAAUUGUUUCGCACCAUGACGAUGGCUGCCCCCGACCGUGAGACCAUCGCAGAGGUCAUGUUGUUUGCUCAGGGAUUUCGUACAGCAGAGGCGCUAUCACGGAAGAUUGUCCCGUUGUUUCACUUGUGUUCAGAAAAACUGUCCCAGCAGGCGCACUAUGACUUUGGGCUGCGCUCUCUGAAGUCUGUUCUUGUAACGGCAGGGGAUAUUAGACGCUCCUCGCGCAACGACGCAGCCACGGCUCCCAAUGCCUCUCGCACGCAACGGAGCCUUGAGGAAGUGGAGGGGGAAAUUAUGUUGCAAAGCCUUAUCAGCAGCAUUACACCCCGUCUCGUCACGGAGGAUGUGGCACUCUUCUACCCUUUGUUGCAGGACCUCUUCCGAGGACUUCAGCUUCCUGACGCAACCAUGACAGCAUUGCGUGCGGCCAUUGACGAGGUGUGUCACGAAACUCACUACGUUGCAACACCGGCAUGGGUCGAGAAGGUCUGUCAGCUGUAUUACACACGCAAGAUGCGGCACGGACUUGUGCUAGUUGGACCAAGUGGGACGGGAAAAACAGUCUGUUGGAAGACUCUGCUUCGUGUCAUGGCGCGACUCACUGUGGUGGAUAAUGAUGCAUAUGAUGGUGGUGAUGAUAAUCCUAGCAAGGAAGGCGUUACUAGAAGUGGCCCACUGGAGGCGCACGCCUACGUGAUUGAUCCCAAGGCAAUGACCAAGGCAGAACUCUUUGGAGUCUUUGAGGCAACCACGCGUGAGUGGAAAGAUGGUGUCUUUACAGAAAUUUUGCGCCGUAUUGUUAACAAUGAAAUGGGCGAUGAUCGUUCACGUCAGCAGCAUUGGAUUGUCUUUGACGGUGAUGUGGACCCUCACUGGGUGGAGAACCUCAACUCCCUGCUCGAUGACAAUAAGGUCUACACCCUACCAAACGGUGAGCGGCUUAGUCUACCGUCAUCGGUACGUAUUGUGUUUGAGGUCCAAGACCUGCGUUAUGCGACUCCAGCCACGGUGUCACGUUGUGGCAUGGUUUGGUUCAAUCGCAGUACCGUUCCAGUCUCCAGUGUACUAAGCCAUCACUUUGGGGCUUUCUACCGUGUUCCGUUGAUUGAUAGGCAUGGCAAAAAACGGGGCACCUUCCUGACUAAAGAUAGUGCGGAGCAUACGACACUAUCAGGUGGGAAUUAUUUUAUGGUUCCACGCAGAGGCGGAGAGCGGGGUGGGGCGUUGUUGAACACAAUGAAGGUGGCACAGGUUGCCGCAUCAAACUUUGAGGGCGAUACUGCUAGUCUUGCAAGUAAUUUGACGACCAGCACAGUGGAGGAGGCCUUUGCCCACGGUGAGGACAGCAGCCGGAAGGGAACAUCGUUGUGGUAUUCGAACGCUCUCACCGACACGUAUCGUGAUGUAAUGCAGCUACAAAUGGUGAUGGCAAAUAUGUGGGGCCCCGCUUUUGCCAAAGGCGGUCUACUAGAACGUGCCGUUCAGCUCAUCCACAGUGAGGGGUAUUGGACACAAGGGAUUAUGGAGCAUAAUGACCUCCAACUGCUACGCAGCGUACAGUCAUUCUUGCUUGAUGGCAUUUCACGGAUGUGGAAACUGCGGGAGCAACAGGCAAAAUUACCCAUGGUGAACACUGUGCAAAGUUAUGCCACGAAUGUGCUUCACUACGCUGUGUUGUGGGGCUUUACUGCCUCACUCAGUCAUGAACUCCGCAGACGCUGGGUGGAUGAUUUGUCGCUGCCCCUGGGAACCUCAUCCGGCGGAGGAUUGGCUGACACUCUUUCGCUGUUGGAUGUUCAGCCGGAUCCCGCGUCUGGUGCAUGGAGUGCCUUCCGAGAACGUGUGCGGGACACCGUCAUUGCGGCCGAGCAGCUGGGAGCAAACGACGUGCUCAUUCCAACGGUUGACACGUGCCGUCACGAGGAGGUAUUGCGGGCGUGGAUUGGGGGUGGGAACGCUGCGAUUCUUUGUGGACCGCCUGGCUCCGGUAAGACGAUGUUGAUUGCAUCGCUUCUGCAACAGUCUUCCGACUAUGACGCCGUGUUUCUAAAUUUUUCAAGUGGAACGACACCAAAAAACGUUAUUCGUGCCUUGGAACAGUACUGCAGUGUACAAAACACAGCGCGUGGUCCAGUGAUGUCACCUACAGGCGGCAAAGGACUGUUGCUGUUCUGCGAUGAGAUUAAUCUUCCGGCGACGGACCUGUACGGAACGCAACCCGUUGUGCAGCUGCUGCGUCAAUUAAUUCAACGGCGCGGGUACUACCGCAGUCGUGACAACGCAUGGAUCAGCGUUGAGGGAGUGCAGGUGAUCGGUGCCUGCAAUCCACCGACCGACGCGGGACGCGUGUCACUUUCCCAUCGUUUUUUGCGAUCGGCACCCGUGUUAUUUGUGAACUUCCCUACGAAAGAAAGCCUCCAUAUGAUCUACGCGGCCUACUGUCGUGCUGUGCUCGCCUUUAAUAGGCAGUUGCAGCGGUCGCAUGCGGAAAGGUUAUCGUGUGCGAUGGUCGAUGUGUAUGUGGCGACGCAGGCCCACUUCACCUCGUGGCACCAGCCACACUACGUCUACUCCCCGCGUGAUCUCUCGCGCUGGACACGUGCAAUCCACAACGCUCUCAUGACGUGGGAUGAGUCUGAGCGACGCGCGUUGCGACCAGAAGGUCUUGUGCGUCUUUCCCUACACGAAGGGCUACGCGUCUUUCGAGACAAAUUGGUGGAGGGCGAGGAGCAGGUUUGGACGGACGCCACCAUUGAUCACGCCUUCCUUGACACACUUCCCUGA